AUGGAGACAGUAAUGACGAUCAGACUUAAAAGCUGUUUUUUCUUCACAUUUAUAUGUUUGGGCAAGCUCUUUGCAGAAGAUAAGCCUUGUGAUUUGCCACAGAUAGAGCAUGGACAAAUUGCUCAGUACUACUACCAUUUCAAAAGCCACUAUUUCCCUAUGCGUAAGGAAAAGAAGCUUUCCUAUUCUUGCAUGAUUGGUUACACAACUGAAGCUGGGACUCAGGAUGGGAGAAUAACUUGUACAGCAAAAGGAUGGUCUCCAGCGCCACAAUGCUACAAAAAAUGUAGCAAGCCCCUUUUGGAGAAUGGGUUUUUUUAUGGCACAGAAAUAUACUUCAAAGUACAUGAGACACUGCAAUAUAAAUGUUAUCCAGGCUACUCCACUCCCAGUGGUAGUGCUGAAGAGACAAUACAAUGUCGGCCAGAAGGAUGGUCCUCUCAGCCAAGCUGUACUAAAAGAAUUGAGUCGUGCCAAGUGCCAAGCUUGCACCACGGCAGCUACUUCACAGCCCGGCAAGAGCUUCAACUGAACGAAACACUGCUCUACAGGUGUGAGGAGGGAUAUCACACUGCGGGAGGAAACACCACAGAGGCAGCAGUGUGCCUAGCGCAUGGCUGGUCCCUUACUCCAAACUGCACUAAGAUAACUUGCUCCUCUUUGAGUGCAGUAGCGCAUGGAGCCUUCUACCCAGUGAGGAAAAUCUAUGAAGAGGGAGAUGUAGUUCACUUUUUCUGUGAGGAAAACUAUUCUAUCAGUGGAUCUGACCUAAUCCAAUGCUAUUAUUUCGGAUGGCAUCCAGACCCACCAGUCUGUGACGGUGUAAAAACCAAAUGCCCUCCCCCACCAUUCCCUCCUCAUGCCCAUAUCCUCACAGUUAGAAGAGCGUAUCGUAAUGGAGACAAAGUUCGUAUACAGUGUAAAAGGAACUUCGAGCUACAAGGAUCUGAGGAAAUCCAGUGUGAAAAAGGAAAAUGGACAUCACCCCCUAUUUGUGUUGGAACCACGGAUGAACAAGAAUCUGAGGCACCACCAUCACUUGAGGCAGAUGCAGCUGUAAGAGCAAACAAAACACAUCUCAAUGAAGAUAUAAAAAUGCAGCCAGGCUGUGCCUCUCCACCCGUGGUUAAAAAUGGUGUUCUCCUUGGUCCCUUGCUGCCAAGUUACAGAAAUGGUUCCUCAGUAGAGUAUGGCUGCCAGAGUUACUAUUUUUUGGAUGGACCUCGCACUGUUUACUGCCAGCAAGGAAACUGGACGGAACAACCAACUUGCCUAGAGCCAUGCACUCUUAAUGCAACUGAUAUGAACAGCAACAACAUAGAGCUGAAAUGGAAACAGGAAGAAUUAAUUUUUCUACAUGGGGACCUCAUAGAGUUUGAAUGCAAACAGGGAUACAAUUUUCUCCAGAGUACUGUUCCAUCUCCUGGGAGGACACAGUGUACCCGCGGCAGGCUGGAGUAUCCAAAAUGCAUUAUGCAAGCUCCUAAAGAACAGUGUGACUCUCCACCUUCUAUUGCAAAUGGAGCUCUUACUCUCCCAGCUCUGACCCAGUACGACAGUGGUUCUGCAGUUCGGUACAUUUGCUCUGACUAUCAUUUUCUGCAAGGAUCUGAGACAAUUUUCUGUUCUGAGGGACAGUGGACUUCACCACCUGUUUGUAUUGAGCCAUGUACCUUGUCAAAACUUGAAAUGGAGAAAAAUAACUUGCUGCUACAAGGGUUCUAUCAGAAUCAAGUUUACUUUUACCAUGGGGAUUACAUUGGAUUUUACUGUAAACAGAACCAUUUUGGAGCAGAAUCCGGGACAACUUUAUUUCAGGUGCAGUGUAAGGGAGGACAGCUGGUGUAUCCAAGGUGUGUUGAAAAAGGGAAAUGAGUCUGGAUUCUAGGAAAGCCUUCAGGAAAGGUAAGAAGGCUCUAAAGGACAAGGCUGGAGGGACGAGAUAAAAAAAUAAAAACAACUAUAUGAAAAAAUAAAUGAAAUUGUGUUUAAG